AUGAAGAUCUUAUCUGAAAGAGAUUCAUUUUUAUCAAAUUAUGAAGUAUCACAACAUUUAAAAGAGUUAAAACAGAAAUAUCAUUGGGAUUUCAAUGGUGAAGAGAACAAUAAUAAUCAUAAGAAAAAACAUAAACAUUUCACAAGCUGUGGUAUUGAUUUAGAAGUUAUAACUAAAGAUGUCCUUGCGAAUCUAGAAGUCAGUGAGUGUGCUCAAAUCACUAAUAAAGACCAAUUUAAGCAACUCAUGUCAUUUUUGAACCAGUUUGAAUUAAUGAAGGUUGAAAAAUUGCAAAUUAUAAACUCAUUACCAAGGUCUAUGGUUGUGCUAUUUACUUUAAUUGAAGAAUGUGAAGAAAGGUUAGGUAUUGAGAAUUGUGAAACUAUACUAGGGAAAAUUAAUGAAAUGUUUCCAAUAGAACAAGAAGAAGGUGAAGAAGAAGACCAAGAAAUGGAAGCGUAA